AUGCCUGCAAUUGUAUGUGUGCCAAGAAGUGGAGGUGCCGAGAUAAGCCAGACAAUUGCGGUACGCGGACAAGUGAAAUGUGGCUUCCGGAAUGUUAUUAACACAAAAGUUAAAUUGGGCAUUAACAUCAGAACUGCGGAGGAGCAGAUUUUGGCAAUUGCGAAGACGAACACCACCGGAUGGUUCGAGCUAAAAGCGAGCGUCAUAUCAGUAGCACAUAGCAUUAAACCGUUCUUCAAAAUUUAUGUUGACCGAAUCAAUGGGUUUAAGGUUCGUCAUCGCACAGUUUUAUGCGUACUUCCUUGA